GCUGGUUUGUCGGCCGCUCUAUCCAAUCAUAGGAGCGCUCCUGGCCGGUUCCCGGAGUGCGUUGCGGCUGCAAUGGCUGCCCCCGGCCUGCGCGGGGCUGGGCUUGUUCGAGCGGUGCUAAGAAGCUGGCAGUUGGGACCCCGCUUCGCGGGGGAGUGGGUGACUCCGUUCUCCUCGCUCUCAUGCUGUCAGCGGAGUUGCCUGUCUUGUGUCUCGGGCGCCACUUUCUCUGGUCCCCGCUUGGCGUCGGCCUCUCGCCAAUAUGGCCAGGGCUCAGCCCUGGACCAUUUUCUCGGAUUCCCUCAGCCCGACAGUUCGCUGCUGACUCCUUGCGUCCCCGCGGUGUCCAUACAUAAAGAGGAGCAGGAUCUCCUCUUGGUCCAUCACCCUGACAUGCCUGAGAAUCCCCGGGUCCUACGUGUCGUUCUCCUGGGAGCUCCGAAUGCAGGGAAGUCAACACUCUCCAACCAGCUGCUGGGCCGAAAGGUGUUUCCUGUCUCCAAGAAGGUGCACACCACUCGCUGCCAAGCUCUGGGUGUCAUCACAGAGAAGGAGGCCCAGGUGAUUCUAUUGGACACACCUGGCAUUAUCAGUCCUGUUAAGCAGAAGAGGCACCAGCUGGAGCUCUCUCUGUUGGAAGAUCCGUGGAAGAGUAUGGAAUCUGCUGAUCUUGUUGUUGUUCUUGUGGAUGUCUCAGACAAGUGGACUCGGAACCAGCUCAGCCCCCAGGUGCUCCAGUGCUUGACCCAGUUCUCUCAAGUCCCCAGCAUCCUUGUCAUGAACAAGGUAGAUUGCUUGAAGCAAAAGUCAGUUCUCCUGGAGCUCACGGCAGCCCUCACUGAAGGUGUGGUCAAUGGCAAGAAGCUCGAGAUGAAGCAAGCCUUCCACCCCAGCCCAGCAGCUAAGGCCCCAAACGUAAAAUCUGUGGGAAGCCCUCGGAGGACUGGCUGGCCCCACUUCCAGGAGAUCUUCAUGUUGUCAGCCGUAAGCCAGGAGGAUGUGAAAACACUAAAGAAAUACCUCCUGGCACAAGCCCAGCCAGGGCCCUGGGAGUUCCACAGUGGAGUCCUCACUAGCCAGACACCAGAAGAGAUCUGCGCCAACAUCAUCCGAGAGAAGCUCCUAGAGCACCUGCCCCAGGAGGUGCCUUACAAUGUAAAGCAGAAGACGAUCUUGUGGGAUGAAGGACCAAGUGGGGAGCUGAUGAUCGAACAGAGGCUUCUGGUACCCAAAGAAUCUCAUGUGAGGCUCCUGAUUGGUCCAAAGGGCCAAGUGAUCUCCCAGAUUGCACAGGAGGUGGGCCGAGACCUCAUGGACAUCUUCCUCUGUGAUGUUCAGAUUCGCCUCUCUGUGAAGCUCAUGAAGUGACCACACUCUCCUGCCCCUCUCACAGCAUGCCAGCCCAAGCUGCUGGCAGGAGCUGACCAAUUGCGCCUGGCUGGGAGGCCUGCAGGGACUGAGGGGAAUGAACACUGGCUGACUGCCAGCUGGCCUAGCCCUGCUGAGGCUGCACAGCUAUGUCUCCUGUUGGAGGAAGGAACCUGCCCUAGCUCAGUUCCCAGGUAGUUCAACUACUGGGAAGUAGUAGCUACUUAGAUCACAAAAGUUGGUCCCUAGGCCGGGUGCGGUGGCUCACGCCUGUAAUCCCAGCAUUCUGGGAGGCCAAGGCAGGUGGAUUGUUUGAGCUCGGG